AUGGCGGAGACACUCAGUAGCAACGCGAUGAACUAUCUCGUAUGGCGAUACCUCCAGGAAGCCGGCUUUGGUAAUGCUGCCCUCCACCUCUCGCGAUGCUGGAUCCGCGACCCGGACACGCUUCCCUUUGCCGGCAACAUCGAGCCGCACGCGCUCGUCCGCCUCGUCCAGGACGGCAUGUGCUUCGACCAGCUGCGCGCCGAGGCCUGCAAUACGGAGCCGCGAUACAGGUUUGGCCCCGACCACGGCCGCCCCUACACGCGCAACGGCAGUCUCUUGACCCUCGACAAGGGCAUUCCCGCCCACGAGCUCGCCACCGAGGCCAACGGCGCCGUCCAGGAGCCCCCGCCCAAGAAGUCGCUCAAGCGCAAGAAGACCAAGCCCACGAAUGGCGUCGAGCCGCGCCACGAGCCCCAGGUCAACGGCGAUGCCAUGGACGUCGAGCACAACGGCGCGACCAACGUCACCAACAGCGUCAGGGCCGACUCGGAGCCCGUCGUCUCCGAGACAGAGUCGCUCACCGUCGCCGAGAUACCGCUGUCGACGCUGAGCAUAGGCCAGGAUGCCGAGAUCCAGACUGAUGCCAUUGCCGUCGCCGAUCUCGCCCCGGGCACCGUCUUCGUCCCGCGCCAGUCGAAUCCCGAAAAGGUCGUCGAGCACACGCUGUGGGGCCCAAUCGAGUCUCCCGUGCUGCUCGCAGCUGGAAAGUCGCUGCUCCAGGUCCAUGUCGUCAGCAAAGGCUCCGCCCAGGAACCAACGCCGCCUAUCCACACGCUCGACAUGUCGCUGCCCGUCGAAAACUUUGACAUUACCGCUCUUUGCUGGCACUCCGAGGACGAGCUAACCGUUUCCGCGCGCGAGCAGUGUUUCAACGAAGUAGGCGAGAAGAUGAUGAUGGACAAGCUCAUCAAGCUGACCGAGGGCGGCACCGCCUCGAGCGUAAUCUCCUCAACCGCAGGCCUGAUCAACACGCUUCGCUGGAACCCGGAGCGCAAGCUUCUGCUCUCCAUUUCGACCGACGGAGAAAAGGGCUCCAUCAAGGUGUGGAAGAACGACAGCGACUCGAUUCCCGCAUGGACCGAGUUCACCGACACGGCCAUCCUUGAUGCGCAGUGGAUUAGCGACUCGGCCUUUGUCGUUUGCGGCAUCAAGCUCUUCAAGAUAUACGAAGUGGCCGACUCGCUGACGAUCCAGCGGACACUGGAAACACAGAUCCAGUGGGAAACAGUCAAGCACGACGCUGCUUCUGGGAUUAUUGCUGUGCUGGGUAUCGAAGACCAGAAGAACUUCCUUGGCAUUCUUCAUCCCAACGACUCGAUCCAGCUGCAGACGCACGAGUAUCCCGACGAAUAUGCCACCGACCUUGGAUUCCGCGUGAACCCAGCCACCAAGCAGCUUACAAACGGUUCGUCUCUGCCUUCAGUGCUGCUUGCAACAAGCUCCAUGUCUGGCGCGGCGCGAAUAUGGGAUGCAAAUGAGCCAUUCAAGUGCGUCAAACGCCUCUCUACCGCGGACGGGACCCAGGCCUUCAAGAUUGCUUUCUCGCCAGACGGGCUGCUUUUGGCCGCUGCAGGCCCUGAUGCAGUCACGAUAUGGGACGUGGAGAAGAGAGACAUCCCUGCCGCCACUUGGCGUGCCAGUGACUGGUCCAGCGACAAAUGGAACCCCGGAAUAGAUGGCGAGUUCAGCCUUGGGUGGGAUCCAGACAGCUCGAGAUUAUCCAUUGCUCUUGGAAACCAGAUUGCGAUUAUCACGGUGCCUAGGUAG